UGGCCCCCCGCACGCUGCCCACCUCACUGCAGGGUCUGGGGCUCCUCCAGAGCUCGGGGCUGCACCACAGCGAGUGCUGGAGCCUCCCGGGGCUGCCUGCUGCCCUCCUGCUGCCCUUGGUCGCUGUCCUGUCCCGCUGUGCAGCAGCCACCUCUCCACGGGCUGUGUGAUGUCCAGCUGUGUCACCCACUGACACUCCCUGGCAUUGCUCGCGUGCUCACUGUUUCCCCUUAUAAACUGAUUCGGUGGUAUAAAAAUGAAGGAAUUUUUCCCUCUUGUCUCAGUGAGCUGCUCAGGUCUCUGAGGAGGAGAUGAUCUGAACUUUCCAUGUGGUACCCAUGAAGAUGAGGCUGAGGACACGGAAAGCUUCCCAGCAGUCCAACCAGCUCCACACGCAGCGGGCGCUGCGGGCCAAGCGGAAACACUCGGAGGUGGAGGAGCCCUUACCCGGCGGCGGGGGAAAGCCACCCAAAAAUGAGACAGGCCUCUUGUCUUCGAUCAAAAAGUUCAUUAAAGGAAGCACACCCAAGGAAGAAAGAGAAAAUCCCCCCAAGAGGAGUCGGAUUGAGCGGGAUAUCGAUAACAACUUGAUCACCUCCACCCCCCAGACAGGAGAGAAGCCCAACAAACAGCUCUCGCGCGUGCGGCGGAAAAGUCAGCUGAAUGGAGAAGCUGGAAGUUAUGAGAUGACGAACCAACACGUAAAGCAAAAUGGAAAAUUGGAAGAUAACCCCACCACAGGCAGUCCCCCACGAACAACGUUACUGGGAACCAUAUUUUCUCCUGUUUUCAAUUUUUUUUCACCAGCAAAUAAAAAUGGAACGUCGGGCUCCGACUCCCCGGGCCAGGCCGUGGAGGCUGAGGAGAUCGUGAAGCAGCUGGACAUGGAGCAGGUGGACGAGAUCACCACGAGCACGGGCACCUCCACCAACGGCGCCGCCUUCCCCGCGCCCGGCGCGCAGGGCAGGGCCGUCAACAACGGCCUGGGGGACCCCGAGGAGCCGGGGGACCGCGACCUGCCCCCGCUCACCGCACCAGUAUCUCCAGACAGUGGCUACUCAUCAGCUCAUGCAGAAGCCACCUAUGAAGAGGACUGGGAAGUCUUUGAUCCAUACUAUUUCAUCAAACAUGUCCCCCCACUAACAGAAGAGCAGCUGAACAGGAAGCCAGCUCUCCCACUGAAAACCAGAAGCACACCAGAGUUCUCAUUAGUUCUAGACUUGGAUGAAACAUUAGUGCACUGUAGUCUAAACGAAUUAGAAGAUGCUGCACUCACUUUUCCAGUUCUUUUUCAAGAUGUCAUUUACCAGGUGUACGUCCGGCUAAGGCCGUUCUUCCGAGAGUUCCUGGAGCGCAUGUCUCAGAUCUACGAGAUCAUUCUGUUUACUGCUUCUAAGAAGGUGUAUGCAGACAAGUUGUUGAACAUCCUGGACCCCAAAAAGCAGCUGGUCAGGCAUCGACUCUUCCGUGAGCAUUGUGUGUGUGUACAAGGGAACUACAUCAAGGAUUUAAACAUCCUGGGCAGAGACCUCUCCAAAACCAUCAUCAUCGACAAUUCACCGCAAGCCUUUGCUUACCAGCUUUCCAAUGGAAUUCCUAUAGAAAGCUGGUUCAUGGAUAAAAAUGAUAAUGAACUCCUAAAGUUGAUUCCAUUUCUGGAGAAACUAGUAGAGCUGAACGAAGACGUCCGACCUCACAUCAGAGACAGAUUUCGCUUGCAUGAUUUGCUACCCCCCGAUUAAAGCCUUUGCUCUCGCUGCCGAGGGGAGGAAAUGCAGGACCCUGUUGGACUAAUACAAAACAUUGCCAUUACUGUUGAAAUUUUGCAUUUUUGUACCCCGUCUUGCUUUUCUUAUCUUUGGUGCCCAACAAUGAUCAAGGGUUACAGAAAGAGACUUUCUACACCUGAGGUUGCCGCCAUCAGUACAAUCCAGUACCCGCAGUAGGGAGGCUAGAACAGAAAAGUCUUUAGAACUAGUGCAACUCCAAGGAAAUUUUUUAUGUACAGGACAUCUGCAGUUUAUAAAGAAAAUUCUGUUUCUGCCACCAGCAGUUUGACCUGUAGAAACACAGGAUUUUAUGAUACAACAGAGAUUGAAAACGGACUUGGAUUUUCUCUCUGUUCGGUGCUCUAAGUGGGUUUGUAGCCACUUUUCUGUUACUUUUAAGAUUCUCAUUUCAACAGGAAUGGCCAGUAAAAGUUGUUUUAUUUUUCCUGUUAAGGUUUAUAACCUUUUUACAUUUUUGACCUGUAUUAGAUUAGAAUUUCAUUAUGCAUUCCUUUUAGUUGAGGCGCUUCAUAGUUUUUCUGGAAAUAGCCAAAUUUUGUUAGUUUUUUAUUAAACAGUUGGCUGGCCGUUUCCCUGCUUUGUCUGCCUGCAUCCUGUAUAUUUGUUUAAAAAUAUUCUCUAGUUUUAGCCCACGUAAGUUUCAUUUAGGAAGGGAAAAAAAAAAAAAAAAAAAAACCAACAAAAAAACCCUGCAUUUAUAUUUUCUUUCUGUAAUAUUCUACUGUAGUCGAAACCUUUUCAAAAAAAAAAAAAAAAAAAAAUCAAGAGACUGGCUAGAUAAGACGAAGACAAGAAUUACUAAUAUUGGGAAUAUCCUAAAGCAUUGCGACGGCACGUCCUGCGGACAGAGCACACCUGGCAGUGGCACCACGAUGGACAAGGAAUACCUCACCCUCCGCUGUGCCCGGCCCGGGGCAGGGGCAGGGCAGGACGGGCGUGCUCACCUGGCAGGUGUGGCCAGGCUGCUCCUGCUGGCCCCGGGCAGGGCUCCUGUGACACUCCCGGGGCAGGGCUGCCCUGCCAUCCCGCUGCUUCCCGGGGGAACAGCCCGGCCCUGGCUCCUAAUGCAGCGCCCCGGAGGGGAUGUUCUUCUAGCGCUGGGAGCCGCCUUUCCCGGAGGCUUUUUUGUGGAAGGUAGAACUUGUACGAGUUAGGAAGCUUUGCCUCUCGACUGCAUUACCACGCCACAGGCUCGGACUGGUUUUGUGUAAAAGAUGUCACAGAACGGCACUUUUUCUAAAGAGAAGUUUGCUAUUUUGUAUGCUUGAUAAGAAAGUACAGUAUUGGAAAUUAAAGGUGGACAGCUGAUAAUUGAGAAGUAUGUCAAUUAAUUUUUUAUGUAUAUUACCUGUUUACUUGUACAAUUUUAUUGUACAAAUUACAUGCAGCUUCAUUUUCAAAUGAGUCCUUAAAAUAAGGAAAAUCUUUUUAGCAAAACAUUUAAUUUUUGUAUUUUUGAUUUUAAAAGGCAUGAGUUAUGUCAACUUUUUCCAGUGUAUUAAUGAAGAUUUUAACUUUUCAUCAGGUUGAGUGUUUUCUUACUAUAUUAUCUGUUGUGUAUGUAGCUAGCACAUGGUGUCACUGAACUGUUAAAACUUAGCAUGUAGAGCAAGCCUGUUUUGUGGAAAAUCCUUAUUCAUUAAAAAACAAAAUCAUCAUGGCAGAUUUUCUGCAAAAAAAGUGAAAACAUUUGCAAUUCAGAAUACUGAUUUUUUUUGUAUUUAAAGAAAGGUAUUUUGCUUGCAGGAAAGAAAUACUACAGAUUCAUUUUAAUGAGAAUCUUUUAAAUGUAUUUAUCUUUAGGGCAUCUGGGCAUCUUUACGCUGUUUGUCUUAUGUCUUUAUUGAAAUAAAAUGUACAGAACAUUACCUUUA